AUGUGUCUAUUACUCAUUGUCCCACAGAGCAGCAGGAGCAGCAGCAAGAUGCCGACACUCCAGCCGCUGUCAUCGUCGUCGCCGCCGACGACGCUAUCGAUGGCCGGCACCGCCGUCGCGCCCACAACCCAGACCCACCCCGAUCGGCGACCCCAAAGCCUGAGCAGCGAAUCCGCCACGGCAAGCUGCAGUUCCGAAGGCGGCGGGUCAAAGCCGCCCCUCCCUCCCCCCGGCAUCCAAAUAACGCGAUACCGGUCGCUCGAGGGCGUGUCGCCCGCUGCGCCGCUCGCGCGCAUCCUCUCGCCGCGCCGGGACGGCCCCGCAUCAUCUCAAGAUUCAGACGACGACCGGCACCCGAACCCCUACCCCGGCUCCGGGACGCUCGACGACCCGUACCUCGUCGACUUUCUCCCCGGCGAGCGAGCAAACCCGUACAACUGGUCGUCGGCGUACCGGUGGGGCGUGACCGCGGUCGUGGCCGUCUCGACGCUGUGCAUCGCGUUCUGCUCGUCGGCUUACGCCUCCACGCUGGGGGAUGUCGAGCGGCGCUUCCACGUCUCGACCGAGGUCGGCAUCGUCGGCCUGAGCCUCUACGUCCUUGGCUUUGGCGUCGGACCACUCAUCUGGGCGCCACUGUCAGAGAUCUACGGCCGGACCGCCGCGUUCGCAAUGUCGUACCCCUUGUUCUGCGUCUUCAACCUCGUCUGCGCCGUCUCGCAGAACAUUGAGACGCUCCUCAUUGCGCGUCUGCUCGCUGGCACAUUCGGCUCGUCGCCCAUCACCAAUGCCGGCGCCCAAAUCAGCGACAUGUGGGCGAGCCACGAGCGUGCAUUGGCCACGACGCUCUUCUCCCUCGCCCCCUUCCUAGGGCCAGUGUUCGGCCCCAUUGUUGGCGGCUUCGUGGCACAGUACAAGGGCUUCCGCUGGGUCUUCUGGGUCCAGUUCUUCUUCUCCCUUGUAAUGCUCAUACUCACCUUCUUCCUCGUCCCCGAAACAUACGCCCCGACACUGCUGCGCCGCAAGGCCAAGCGCCUCCAGCAAGAGGCCGACGACGCCGGCACAGGCGAACACUUUAUCGCCAAGUUCGAUAAGGUCAAGCUGGCCCGCGCAGAGGUGUUCAAGGUCAACAUGAGCCGCCCGUUCCAGCUCAUCGUGCGCGAGCUCAUCGUGUUCUCGCUUGGAAUCUACGGCGCAAUCGUCUACGCGACGCUGUAUCUCUUCUUCGCGGUAUUCCCCAUCGUGUUUCGGCAGUACCGCGGCUGGUCUCUCGGCGUCUCCGGCCUCGCCUUCACGGGCAUGGGCGUCGGCCUCAUCAUCGGCAACUCCCUCACGCCGCUCUUCCCCAAGUUCUACAACCGUGCCGUUGCCAACGCCGCUGCCAGAGGUGAGAAAGUCGCACCCGAGGCCCGCCUCCCCGCCGCAUGUAUCGGUGCCGUCCUCCUCCCUGUCGGCCUCUUCUGGUUCGCAUGGACAUCAACCCCAAACGUACCCUGGAUCGUGCCAAUCAUCGCCUCUGUCCCCUUCGGAACGGGGUUCCUCCUCAUCUUUUCAUCAAUGACACUGUAUCUCAUCGACGCGUACGAGCUCUACGCUGCUUCAGCACUCGCCUCGGCCGCUGUCCUCAGAGCCAUCUUCGCCGCCGUGUUCCCCCUCUUCACAACCUACAUGUACAAGAACCUCGGCCUCCACUGGGCAGGAACUCUCGUCGCCUUCCUCUCUCUGUCAUGCACGCCGAUGCCGUUCCUAUUUCAUCGCUACGGCUACGUCCUUCGAAGAAACUCCAAGUACGCGCCCUCGGCACCGCGAGAUGCCAACAACGUGGCCAAGGUGCCACAGCCUAGGGACCAAGAGGCCCUUGAGCCAGAAUAUGGUCCUCACGCCGGGGAACACGUCGAGGCGGAUCGUGAGAAGCGCACUGAGUCGGCCGUAUAGACGUAUAGAUGAUCCAAAUGCUUUGUAUCAAUAUGCUGCUAGGUGUAUGGAAUAUGCUAUGCGACACUUGUUCA